AUGGAUCGAAUAUCGCCAGAAAUCCUCUCAAUCAUAGUUGGGUAUCUUUACAGCCCUCCACCAGAAGCAACCACUCGCAUGCCAUGGGAUGAUCCUCCCCCACCUCCAACCUUUGUCCCAUACGCUUGCAUAUCUCGACAAUGGCAGCUCGCCGUCGAAGCUCACACUUUCAGUACUAUCAAUCUAUCGAGUGACGAGCUUGAUCAAUUCUCGGAGAUCUUCUCUAAUGUGCGCCGAAGAGGGUAUUUGAAGAGCAUCGAAUAUGAUGUUCUUCUGUCCACCUACAGUGAAGGCUGGGAGGAGAGUCGUGGACCAUCAAGGCUGAGAUUGAAAGCCUAUUCGCCCAUGGACAUGGGAUCCAGGUCUUACGAAGCCGAUCCUGGUCUCGAAGACGAGAGGACAGAGGGACAUUUUCUCGAAUUCCCAGACGAUUCCAAGUCACUGCCCGUUGUACCAAGAAUCACAUCAUUCGAACUCGAAGGAAGUGGUUGUCGCCAUCUUCACCUUGAUGCCGUUGGCAAGAUCCUAGCUGCCAUCCCACAGGUAGAGAGACUGGACCUGCGUCUCUACGAGCCCAAAAUGAAACGAGAAGCAAUGAGACGAGACCACCGAAACGCUUUGGCCCAAACCUUCACCCGUCUCUCCCCCCUCCCCUCUCUGAGAACCUUGCAUCUCCACUACGAGUCCCGUGAACCUCUCAACCACAGUUUCAAUCCAGGGGACCUACGAUCACCUAAUCAGACCGUCGAUGGACUCAGCAUCGCCCUCCACACCCUUUCAUCCUCACCAGGCAGCGUCCUCAAAGAGCUCUACCUGUCCGGCCCCUUCAUCCUCUCACCCCACCCCUUCUGGCCUCCUCAUGACGAGGAAAGCACCAACGAGAAGCUUUCCCCUUCAACUCUCCAACGCGUCACAAUCGAAUCCAGCGUCAUCACUCCAGAAGGAACGUGGUACUACACCGGCGACCCAGCCUCUGUACCCAUCAAUACCGACGAACUUAGAGGAGCCGACGAUCCCGACUCCGACUCUGACUCCGAAUCCGACUCCGACUCUGAUUCCAACUCAAAUGCGAGCACCGACUCCCUAGUCCCAGACUCCUUCAACGCCCGCCGCGAAGCUCUCCUCAACGGCGACAUCCCCAGUCAUAACUGGCGUACGCAGCUGGACGCUCCGCACGUCGAUAGCUUGAUCAGCGCCAUCGCGAGAGGUGUGCAGAACAUGCCAGACCUGAAAGGACUGUCAUUGAAGAUGGGUCUGCAGCUCCAAGGGUUCAGUGCUUUGAUUGUUGAGGUUCUUGAUGCGGGUGAGGAAUUGAGGGAUCCGCCGGUUAGUGGGGAGGUGGAUGGAAUGGGGAAGAGGAGGUUCAAGGUUUGGGUUGGUAGUGAGACGAGCUGGGAGAUGGAUGAGAAUGUCAAGGGGGAGAUGAGGAGGUCGCUGGGUGAAGACGGGGUCGUGACGGUGGAGACUUGGCCUGCUGAUCCAUAA